UCUGUCCUUGGUCCUUGUCAAUUUGACAAAUCAAAUCGACCAAAUUUAUAAAAGGGCUCUGAAAAAGGGUGGCUAACAUAGGUGGCUAAUCUAAUGAGUUUAUUUGCUAAUUCUUUGAUUAGUGUAACAUUUAAAAGUUGGACCAGAGCUUAGACUGAUAAAGAUAACAGUAAUUUUCCUCUGAACGCAAGUUGUAAACACCCACAUAACUGCUGAUACGAUUGUUUUACGUUAUCAUGUGGAAUAUAUUUUAAUGUACAGAAACGAACAUUUAAGUUCAAUUAAGAAUAUUUACUUGAUUUUUUCUCAUCCUGCUGGUAUAUAUUAAGGCAAUAAUGUUCAUUUAUUAUUUGGUUACUAUUCUAAGUUCCCUCAGUGCUAUUCAUUCAUUUCCUGCAAACUCUGUUAAGUCGGAUUGCCCAAAACUUUAUCCUAAAUUAUUUAAGGGUUAUGUCCCAAGAGGAAACAUAUCUGCAGGGGUUUACGAAGAGAUAACAGACGUUCGUAGUUUAAAGCCUUGUGUACUUAAAUGUUGUGUAAAACCUUUAUGCCAUGUUGCAUUUUUGACCGAUGAUAAAUGUUACCAUAUAAAUUGCAAUAGUAAUGAAUUGUGUAUACCUACUUUGAACACUAAUCCAGAAACUAUAGACCAUGUUCAAAUGGUUCUUGUAAAACCUACAGAUGAUGACAGCUGGAGUUAUGUUCUUGAAUCGCAAGAUUCAGUUAGGGAUAGAGAGAUGUACAAUAUAUUAACUGAUAGAACCAGAUUUGAAAAUGCAUAUAAAAAUCUUGAAAGUGAUUUAUUUGAUAAUUUUGCAUAUGAUAUAAGUUGUGAAGUUGGUGUAGAUAACUCAUGUCCAUUACCUGAUGAGAUAUGUGUUCAAAAACGAGAACAAUCAAGAAGUGGUGUUUGUGAAUGCAAACCUGGAUAUAUUCGACAAGAAGAUGGUCUCUGUGUGUUGGAAGAUUUAAAAGAUGGACUACAAGAUAUCAUAACAGAACGAAUUUUAGACAUAACUAAUAAGUCAGCACCAGUUACUCGAAAACAUUUAACAGUAUUGGUUGAAUCUAAGGAGGUAAAACUGCCAGAAGAUGAAGUGACUCUAGUUGCGAAAACUCUUCAAGAAGAGGAUGCUGAAAAUAAAUAUCAAUAUGAAUGGACUUCUUUACACCAACCAGAUGGCAGUACAGCUGUCAAACAUCAAAGUGAAGCACAGUUGCAUCUAGAAAAACUCUCAGAAGGCACAUAUGAAUUUAAGGUUAGUGUUUCUACACCAACGGCUUAUGGAGAAAAUUUUGUAAAUGUAACAGUUUUACCUGAAGCGCGUAUAAAUGAGCCUCCACAAAUUGUUAUUACUCCAGCCAACCAGACCAUAAAACAGCCUAAUGCUGCAGCUGUUUUGGAUGCUUCGUCUAGUAAAGAUGAUGAUGGUAUUAUUUCAUGGCAUUGGGAUCUUCAAGAGGGCCCAUUAGGUUAUGGGCCCCAAUUGAAGGAAAGUCCCACGUUACAAUUAAACGAUUUGACUAUACCAGGGAACUACACUUUUAAGUUGACUGUUACUGAUACAGAUAAAGCUAGCAGUACUGGGGUAGCUAAUAUUACUGUUCUUGCUGGAACAGAUUACCCUCCAGAAGCUAAUGCAGGUGAAGAUAAAAUUAUAUACCUGCCGCACAAUAACAUUACUUUGAAUGGUAGUUUGAGUAUUGAUGAUCAUGCUAUUAAAACUUGGGAAUGGACUAAGUCAGCUGAUGAUGCGCAAAAAACCGUCGAUAUGCAGAAUACUAGAACGCCAUAUUUGCAGCUAUCAAACUUGCAAGAAGGCAUGUAUACAUUUACCUUGAAAGUUACUGAUAGUGCCAACCAGUCCAGUACUGCAGAAGUUCAUGUUUUUGUAAAACCACCAACUAAUAAACCACCUAUAGCAGAAGCAGGAGAAAAUGUUACAAUAAGUUUACCUCAAACUUGGGCAGUUGUUGAUGCAUCUAAUAGUACAGACGAUAAUAAAAUAAUAAAAUUCAAUUGGGAGCAAGUAGAAGGUCCUUCUACUGUAACUUUUGUCAAUGCAAACAUGAGUAAGACAAACGUGACAGGGCUUACUAAAGGAACGUAUACUUUGAAGAUCAGUGUCACUGAUGAUAACAAUAAUGUUGCCAAUGACAUUGUCUAUGUCAUAGUUAACCAAAAUCAAAAUGAAAAACCUACCGCCGAUGCAGGCCCAGAUAUCACUGUAGAACUGCCAUUAAAUGGAUUAACAAUAAACGGUUCUAACUCGAAAGACGAUUGGGAAAUUGUAAAAUGGCAAUGGACAAGAGACGAUAAAUCAUUGGCAGUUGGAAAAAUCGUUGAGCAUUCAGAUGAAUCUCCUAUACUAGUAGUGACAGAUGUUUCUGUUGGCACAUACAUAUUCAACUUAACAGUGUAUGAUCAACAAGGCCUAAGUGACAUGGAUACUGUCACUGUCAUUGUAAAAAAUGAUCCAAAAUUAUUUUAUUUGGUGGACUUGACAGUUAAUGUGGACGCUAAAUAUUUGACGGAAGCUCAGUAUAACAUUUUGAAAGCUAAAUUAACACUUCUUGUUACUGAUGGCUGUAAGCUUCAGGUUAGGAAUGUGGAACCUGAAGCUGGUAGUGGAAAGGUGAAACUGACGUUUUAUCUGGACGAUGUCACUGGUGUUCCAGUCUCGGCCAAUACUGUGGUGAAGAAUUUAAGAAGAAAGCUUCAAGUGGACGCAAGUCUUCUUGGAUUUUCUGUAUCGAAAUUGCAAACCGCGAUUUGCCAGAACAACUGUUCUGGACAUGGAGUGUGCAAUGAAGUGACCAGAGAAUGCGAAUGUGACGUAUUCUGGAUGCAUGAUCUUUUUAAACAGUAUAUACUAUCAGAUGGAGAAUCUGAUUGCAGCUGGAGCAUUCUUUAUGUCGUUUUGGGGAUGAUAUGCGGCGCUCUUUCAUUUUUGGGUGCAACUUGGGCAUUAGUAUAUCUGUGUUACCGCUGGUGCCAUAGCAGACACGACAAAGUCAAGCCCACCAAUUACAAGCUUCUUGAAGAUACAGAUGAUAUUCCACCAUUUUCAAGAAAAAGUAACUUAUCUGACAGCGAUACCGAUUCAGACGUAGUUUUCGAAACUCGUCAAAAGCCUCCACGUUAUUCCGACUCUAGGAAUGGUCACAAGUCCAGUAGAAAUGGAUUUAACAAAAUGUCCAGGAGAGUUAAAACGUAAACCUACUAUUUAUGUUAUAUGCACAAAUUGUGAUACCCUAUUUCCAAAUGAAUAAGUGUUAUGUGUAGGCUUAUGUAUUAUGUAUAUUCCGUUUCAUUGAAAAAUGACUGGUCGUUUUUUAAUCAAAUUAUUUAGCAUUUUAGAUUCGAUACUUUACCAAUUUGAUUGGAUAGUGAUAUUUAUCCUAACUUUAGGACGUGUAGUGUUAUACAUAAUAGUCCAUUUCAAAUAUAAUGUUUUUCUUAAAAUAAUUUUAUUAUGUGACAUAGUCGUCCAAAAAAGAACUAAUGAUUAACUGGAAAAGUGAGUUUGGCUCCUUAUUUUUUUAACUAUUAUCAGUUUUAGUAAAAUUAUUUUUUCUAUAUGCAUAUUUUCUGUAUCUAUAUGAAUUAUAUGUCAUAAUAAAAAUUCAGAGAAGUUUAUAUAGGCUCUUUCAGAAUUCAGAACUCGGUGCAUACAAGGCAAGGGCUAUUUUUUGGAAGUAACGAAUGAGUCAUCAGCGACAAUUUUAGUGAUUUUUAAUAGUUUAUUGGAUGUAGUGACCGUUGUAUAAAUUUUAUUACAAUGGUAAUUUGUUCAGCUUCCAAGUGUAAAAGGGGCAAUGAA